GCGCCGGGCGGGGGCCAUGGGCGCCCCGCGCGGCCCAGGUCAUGAGGACAGAGGCGGAGGCAGCGGGGCCGCCGCUCGAACCCGGAGUAGCUCUGGAUCCCUGUGGGCUAACCUGCCCAUGCCGAGACUGGAGAUGUCCAUUCAGGAGUGUUUAGCCUUGCAGGGCCUUGAAUCCAGGGGUUCUAGGGACCAGGGCAAGAGGAGGAAGUGCACACAAGGACCCUAGGGAGCAGCUGUCCUAUGCCACAUUUACAGCUGGGAAUAGGGGAAGACACAGAGUCAAAGCCUGGCCAAAAAUGACCCAGCUGGCUGGUGCCAGAGCCCGGGCCACAGAGUGAGGAGGGAGCUGUGAACUGAGGGCUGUAGUCUGGAAGCCAUGGUCAGUAAAAGGAGGAGCAUUGGGGCAUUGCCAUGAUAAGUAGGCCUGGGCAUCUCAAGGGACAAGGCCUUUCUGGAAAAAACACCUUCCGUUCUUCAAGCACGUAUGAGUGUCUAAGGGCUGGGAGAAGGCAGAUGCGGCCCUGUCCCUGCCUGCCCCUGAGGUAUUCUCAGUCUGUCCAGGGGGGAAGGCAGGCAUGAUCACCUCAAACACUCCAUACUGAAGGGCUCAGAGAGGGAAAGAGGCCAGAGCAUUUGGAUGUUCAGAGAUGGGAGAUAACAUUCCAGACUAAGGUAUUUGCAAGAGCAAAGCCUGGGGAGUAAAUAGCCUCUAUACAGAGAAACAAAAAGGUAGUUUAUUGCCACAGCGAAGGGUUCUUGAAAAGGGACAAGGGACGCAUUCCACAGUGAGAGAACAGCACCCUGCUAAGUUCUCUCUCUCCACUCAGCCCAUUGCAGGGAAUUUUUUAGAAUAUGAAUCUGGGGGGCAGGACUUGGGACUUAGUGUCCUCAAAUCGUAGCACACAUUGAGGGCUUAAUAAGUUCAUUUCUUCCAACAAAUGUUUAUCGAAUUACUGCUAAGCAUCAGACACUAGGCACUAGUGGGCAAGAUCAGCAAACUCUUUGUCCUCAGGAAGCUUACAGUCUUGUGGGGAGAUGGAGUAGCUCUAUUUUAUUUUCAAUUUUCUUAUAAAUCUUGCUAAGUACUGUGAGGGAAACAAACAGGAUGCUGGGAAGGAGGUCCCCCUCUCCCAAAAGCAUGGUCAGAAAAAUCCUCAGAGGAGGAGCAUUUGAGCUGGGACCUGCAUGACAAAAAGGGGCAGCCUGGAGAACUGCAGGUGAAAGAAAGUCUCAGACAGAGACAGCUGCACUUGCAGAGGGGUGUAAUGCAGCUUGAUGCCUUCCCAGGGUGACUGGAAGUCGGUGCGUGAGGUGUCAGGGCCGAGGUGAGGAUGGGGGCUGGCCCCUGCAGGCCGUGGAGUGGGGUGAUGACUUUAUUCUGAGAGUAAUGGGAGCCCAUGGAUGGGAUCCCCCUGGCUACUGUGUAUGACGGGGGAGGAGCCGGGGGUGGAGUUUGGAACAGAGGAUAGGCAGAAGUCAGGCUGCACUGAGCCCUCAGAACUGAAUCCAUGUCAGUGGGAAGAGGCAAAUGUCGGAAGGCCUUGAAUGAUGGCCUGUGUUCCUUGUAGAGGCAUCUGGGGUCAGGGGAAGGAGGGAACAAAGCCUCAGCCCAAUUGGCUCAGUGUGCCAGGUCCCCCUGGAUGGAGGGCAGCAUUCACGUCAGCACCUGAAAAGAGCUUUCCACAUGCCCUUGCCCUGAGUGCGCAUAGCACUCCCCAGACUGGCAUCUCUGGUGGUCCAUUUCAUAGAGGAAGAAGCAGGCAUAGAGAGGCCAAAUGCCUCUCUCAAGUGACUCAGCCAACAAGAGGCCUGUACUCGCCCACGCCGUCCUGCCAUCCCGACACCCUGCUGCUUGCCCUUGCAGGAGACUUUGUGCAGCUGCCCGUGCCCAUCAUCCAGCAGCUCUACCACUGGGACUGCGGCCUGGCCUGCUCCAAGAUGGUCCUGCGGUACCUGGGCCAGCUAGACGACAAUGAGUUCGAGAGUGCCCUGCAGGAGCUGCGACUAACCAGGAGCAUCUGGACCAUUGACCUGGCCUACCUAAUGCGCCACUUUGGUGUGAGACACCGCUUCUGCACGCAGACCCUGGGCGUUGACAAGGGCUACAAGAACCAGUCCUUCUACAGGAAGCACUUUGACACAGAGGAGACCCGGGUGAACCAGCUGUUUGCACAAGCCAAGGCCUGCAAGGUGCUGGUGGAGAAAUGCACAGUGAGCGUGAAGGACAUCCAGGAACACCUGGCACAGGGCCACGUGGCCAUUGUGCUGGUGAACUCGGGGGUAUUGCACUGCGACCUCUGCUCCAGUCCUGUCAAGUACUGCUGCUUCGCCCCCAGUGGCCACCGCUGCUUCUGCCGGACCCCUGACUACCAGGGCCACUUCAUCGUUCUGCGUGGCUACAACCGGGCCACUGGCUGCAUCUUCUACAACAACCCAGCCUAUGCCGACCCAGGAAUGUGCAGCACCAGCAUCAGUAACUUCGAGGAAGCCAGAACCAGUUAUGGCACAGAUGAGGACAUCCUCUUUGUCUACUUGGACAGCUGACGGCGGGAGCCUGGUGUGCCCAGGCCCUCACGCCCCACCUUGCCACACCCCAGUCGGACCUACUCAGGAGGCCUUGGCCCAGGCCCAGAGCUGCUAGGGCUUAGAGGCAGAGCUGCAGCCUUGGCCCACGUGACAAAGCCCCAGGGAAUUCUUGGAGCCCAAGGCAUGCCUGCUUUGUCCACCAGCGUUGUGUGUGUCACCAUGCCACUUACCCUGCACACCUGCUGGUUGCUGGAGGCCUCCACAGAACGUCUGAGUAACAGCCUCCCCCAGGACCCCAGGCCUGACUCCAGUCAUGCCCAGGGGACUUCCAGCCCCGUGGGUGCCUUUGUUGCCUGCGAACCAGACCCAGGUGGAGGAUAAGCCUGAGCUCGUCUCCCCACAGACCUGGGGGCUGAGCCCUGGAGAUGCUGCUUGUCAAGAUGGCAUCUGUGUGUUUGGAGAUGGUGUAGCCAACCCCGGCUCCCGGGGCUUUGGACUGUUCCAGACCUUGCUGGGAACUGCCCCCGCCAACGCCCACCACCCCCCCAGAAGUGCUAUAGCCCUCCCUUUGGUGGAUGGUGCCUCUCCCUCCCGCCUCCCAGUGGACCCAAGUUCCUGUGGCUGGCCCUGAGGAGGGCUGGGCCUCAGGUCAAAAGGACCCUGAACCCCACCCCUCACCCUGCACCCUCCAGGUACUAAAACAUUGUAGGGUGGAGGGCUCUCGGGGGUAGACAGGGCCCCAGCUCAGUGCUGAAUGUACUCUCAGAAUGCCUGACCCUGGGGGCCAAGAACAGCCACCUGAGUCCCAAAGAUCCCCCAACCCAGGAGGCCUCCUGAUGCUAGCCUAAUCCCUGGCAGCGGGGCCCAUUCUCUGGGCAUGGGGGAGCCCCAAGCCUCACAAGGCUGGGGGCUGGGGUGCUAGGGUCUGCACUCCUGAGGCAAUGGUGGGGAUAGCCUGAGGCCUCCCACCCACCCUAGUGUUCAUGCCAGGACCUUUUGCACAGAAUGUUGGGUCUCUUGACAGAAGGGUGGUGCCUGCCCAGGAUCACGCAGCACUACACAUAGCAUGGAUGAUUUGGUUUUUUUGAUUCAAGCUUUCACUUGUGGGGAGUGAAAGUCGCCCUCAAGUAAGACAAUAAUAGUGAGAUUCAGGUACUUCGGAACCACUGACACCUCUCUUCAUAGGGCAGAUAAGCCAGCCUAAGUUCUCUUUCAAAAAGAGGACUCAGAGCUGGUGGGCUGAGUGCCAGGACCCCUCACCUUAUAGACAAACCCGGCCAUCAGUCUGGGGAGAGUAUGUCCAGGACAGUGGCGGGGCUGGGUCUUGAAUGCAGGUCUGCACGUAAAAACUAAGGGAAAUGGAUCAUUCCUAAAGGGGCUGAGGACACCCACCCCUCAUGAGCGGUCACUGACGAGGGAACACAACUGCCUCAGCAGCCACACUGCAGCUGCCAUCCCUCUGGACCGCAAACCAUGCUCAGCAUCUGCUCCUGCCAGCCGGCUGGCGCCUCCCCACCAUGGCUGCUCUGAGGGGCAGAGAUGGACGCUGUUUAUGAGGGCUGUCAGACCACCCAGCCGAAUCGCUCCUCGACACCAGAUGCAGCCCUUGGCCGUGAGGGAGGCACUAUUAGCUGGUUAGCUAACAGGUCAGCCACCCUGGUUUCAGAGACUAGCGUUGCCUUCAGACUGGUCUCAUCUCUUUUGCCUUAAUGCUGGGUGGCCCAAGAUCCCAGGGAGCUCUCGUUUCAAGCCCAGGAGAACCACGUGUGGCAGCUCUGGGGUUUGGGCGUCCUCAGGAAGGUUCUGGCUAAAAUCAUGUUAAGAAUAGAUGCAUCAAGGAAAGCAAUGAGGAAGCCAGGCUAUGGAGGACUGGUGGCACUGGCAUGGAGAGCAGCCUCCAUGGACAGUGGUCACAGCACCUCAGUCCAUCAUGCGACAUUUAGAAACACUCAGUCCAUGGGCAGGCCACAAGGUAGAGGUCACGCAUCUGGAAGAGUAACAAGCUACCUGUGCCUGAGGCGGUGUCAUCUGCCUGGGGAGGGCCAUGGGGGCAGGAUGCAGACAGGCGAUGCUGUGUUCUUGCACACAUCAUGGAAACAGGGCUGGAGAGAGCCCAGACUUCAGGAACUUCUGCACAUAGCAUGUGGCACCCAUGAGCCCUGUCCACAUGCUGGGGGCCCAGCAAAGCCACACUGGACAGUUGGUUUUGUUCACUCCAGCCACACAGGGACAAAAGGGAUCUUUUGCAUUGCAGAGAUUUUCUACAUAUAUAUAUUUUGUUUGUAAUGAGCCAUUCUCAAUAAACAUUAUUCUCACUGCAAAAUGAUGGCA